UCUCCACCUACCGCCCGCGGUGCCAUCCCGCACCACUUCGACGUCAUCCUUGGCACAGCUUAGCACAUUGCCAUACCCUUUAUCUCGACCUCUCGACCCUACACACACCGCAAAAGAAAAUACAAAUUGUACCCUCGCUUAGGCAUCAACGCACGCACAUGAAUUGCGCUGUCCUCGGUUGUAUAACAAGGCGAGAAAACAUCGAGGAAUGUAAUUCCUGUUCCAGACCCCUGUUAUUCUGCUCGUCAGCUAGAGUGGGCCAGACCGUCGAGGUACACAUAUUGAUGUUCCUGCGCCGCAUAAGUCCACGCAUCGGACAUCAUGUGCCAGCAUAUACCGCAUGUCCGCGAACUUCCGAUAUGGUUAUCACAUGCCGUCUAUCGACAUCUUUACGGGCGGUAGCUCCCCAAGAUUUUAAAAACGAAUACCAGGUGCACCCUGAGACCUGGAGGCGCGAUGACUUUAUGCAGAUUGUGACGGGAAGUUGGCGCGAGAUACCCUAUCUGCAGGUCGUGUCUUGGACGUACUCGGCAGGGACGACCGUGAAAGCGACUAUCCAAUCAAAUGCAUAUUCGGAUACGUGGUCGGUCGGGUGUUGGAUUCUGUCGGCCAAACAGAUAAGGCAGAUAAGGGAUUUAUGCGCCAUGGACCAGUCAAUAAUCCGCGUGAAAGAAGUGAAAACGAGCGUAGUAGCGUUGAUUGGGUUAAUGUUACAACGUCUAGGGGGCCCAGUAUCCGCCGUACAGUUAUUGCUCGUCAUGAGUUCAUUCAUACCGCAUGCAUGAUUUUGUGACGAGAAAUAACGUAUUGCGCGAGAUGGGGCGGCGAACGGUUUGGGU